AUCGCCGCAAUGAUGCUUCGUUGAGUUAUUCAGGGGAUCUGGAUCAUCAAUUAGGAAGGCGAAAAGCUCUCGAGGUGUAUUGAUGUAAAAGGAGCCGUCGAGAGCUGGGCAGCAUGAUUAAAACGGAGGAAGACAACAUGAGGAAUUUUCAAUAUCCUCAGACUGUGGAAUUCACUGGACAGGAGGACCAGCAUUCGGUAGAAUUGUUUAGCACCGAUGUAACGGUCAUUCCAUCGCCUGGAGGUCAUGAUCAUGGGAGUUCGAAAGUGAAAUUGAAAAAUAUAGUAGAUUUCACUUGGGAACAUCAUUUUUACACUGGUCAACUAUUGGCAGUACACAUGUCAGGGAAAUAUCUGGCAUAUGGAAUUAAAGCGGGAGCCGGUACUGGAGUUGUUCGGGUAGUGUACAGAGAUAUGGAACAGAGAGCAUUACUGAGAGGAAUGCGAGGUGCGAUACAAGACCUGGCAUUUGCUCACGUUGCUCUUGCCAUGUUAGCAUGUGUGGAUUACUCAGGAAGUUUGUUCGUACACACCAUCGUGUCGACGCCGGCUGAAUUGAAGUGCUCGCUAGUAUUGCAAGUAGAUGCAGACGAUGUGUCGUUAACAAGUAAUCGAGUGAUUUGGUGUCCUUAUAUCCCUGAGGAGGAUCCAUCGGAUGGCGAUGAGUCAAAAUUACUAGUCUUAACACGAGGAGCCAAAGCUGAGCUGUGGUCAGUUGCACAUGUCGCGGGAAGACUUGGACCUGGACCGUUAAAGAUAACAGAUCCUGCUGUAAAAGAAUGUGGUGGCAUGUUAGAGAUUAAUCAGCAUUCGGGUACCAUCGUUGAAGCUACUUUCAGUCCCGAUGGUACUGCCCUUGCUACGGCGAGUCUUGAUGGAGAAGUGAAAUUCUUUCAAGUUUACAUGAACGGUAAUGCGCAUCAUGGAGAGCAGCAACAGAUCCGCUGUUUGCAUCAGUGGAGGCCACAUGGUGGGCGACCAAUCUCUUCCUUGUUCUUUCUGGAUGAUCACAAAAGUUAUCAGCCUGAUGCACAAUUUUGGAGGUUCGCCGUGACAGGAUGUGACAACAAUUCCGAAUUGAAGGUUUGGUCCUGCGAAUUGUGGACCUGUCUUCAGACAAUUAAGUUUGCACCUUCCCCAACCACCGGGAAAACUCCUGUUUUAAAAGCAGGUUUAGAUCUGAGUGCAGGAUACCUCUUGCUGUCCGACAUUUAUAACAAGAUUCUGUACAUACUGAGCCUGUCAAAGGACACUGGAGAGGCCUUGGCCUGUGUCUCAACAAUUUCUGAAUUCCUGCUCCCCUAUCCAAUUCUGAGUUUCGGAAUAGUGGAUGCUGGUCAGCGAAGGGUUCGCCCCACUGGAGCAUCUCUCGAAGACCUGUGCCCAGGGGAUGAGGAACUAGACGAUCAGCUUGUAAUUCGGAUGUAUCUAGUGCAGCCUAAAUCUCUGCAGGAAUGUCACAUAACGUUCAGACCUGCAGCGCAGGAGAGCGGAGGCUGUUUGAUGGAUACCUUGACUCAUGACUCGCUGGACUAUUCCGAAGACCUUCCAGACAUCGGCACGGUGAAUCACAAUGGAAUAACCUGUGAGAACGGAGAAGAGGAUCGGUCAGUCUCUGCUACGAUAGAAGCUGCUACCAACCACAGCGCAGGUCUGAACCUCAUGACUCCGGAUGCAUUCAGUUCCCCAGCGAAGAAAGAGAACAGUACGCUGGAUUCGAACCCUGGUAGUCCGGAGUUGGGGACAGUUUUGGCUGCUAGUCCCUCCUUGACCCAAGCGGUGCAGGCUCUGAAUGCAACCGAUGCACCGCUGGCAACCAGCGAGUUGGAGGAACAAGCACCUGCCAGCGGAGGAAGCAGUCCUUCGAGGGAGGUCAGAGAGAUUCUGUCCCUCGCUGAUCCUGAGACCGAAGAGGAACACAAGCCGGAGACCAACUCCGCAACCGACGAGGGCUGGCCCAACAUCCCGAUGGUCCUCCUCAAGGACGUCAGCGUGCAUGCCAUGCCCGAAGAAUUCGCUGAAGAGGAGGACAACGAGGAGCGGAAAUUCUCCAAAGAGAAGUCCACCUCCGUGGUCGAUGGCAUGGACACCACUUGGCAGACUACCAACGACCAGGUUACCGCUCUGACCAACAAAUUGGAUAUUAUUUUGGAAACUAUCCAGGACCAUCGGCAGGAGAUCAAAGAACUACGAGCCGAAGUGACGAGACUGCGCCAGGAAACUCCUGUUUCCACGAGGGUCGAAUCCGCUCUAGCUAGGGCUUCGCAGCAGCAAAGUGCUACCUUGGAGCAGACUCUUCAUGGACAGUUGGCUCGCCAGCAGGAGGUACUGACUUCGCUCGAGUCGACCAUCAAGGAGCAGAUCGACUCCAGUUUGCCAGCCGUCGUAGGGAACGCCUUGGAGCCCAUGAAGCACCAGCUGAUGAUGCACGUAACUCGGGUGGACGAGCUCCUAAAAGAGAACGUCUCCAGAACGGACGACCUCCUGAAGGAGAACAUGAUGAAGCUUAUCAACGGCGCCCACGUCAGGGAUACUUUGGCCCUGGUGGCGGCAAACGCCGUGAAGCCUGCCGCAGAAGUCGCCUUCAAGGAGGUCUUCUCGAACGUUCUGUUACCUGGGAUGGAGAGAGCUUGUCAGAGCAUCUUCAAGCAAGUUCAGGAUGUCUUCACCAGGGGCACGCGAGAAUAUCUCCAAAAUGUUGACCUCAUGACGGAGAAGCAGUGUCAGCGACGAAACGAGCAGCAAAGCGAGGCUCUGGCAGCGUCCGUUCGCGAAGAGUUACAGACGGAGCUUGCCAGGGGCUUGUCUGCUCUACAGGAAAGCACCCUAAGGACCAUUCGAGACACCAUGAGGGAACAUCUCAGUCAACACUUGUCUGAGAUCACCGGUGCACGAUCCAGAGCCACCACACCUGGGAUACCUGUCCCGGCAGCUGCAGACGCGCAAGCUCGCGUCCUGUCUCUUCUUCAACGAGGCCAACUAAAUGCUGCUUUCCAGCAGGCCCUUAGUGCCAGCGACCUCGGCCUCGUCGUCCUGGUCUGCGAGAGGAUCGAACCCUCUCGCGUCUUCUCCUGCCCCGUUGGUCCCCAGGGCCAAGGUCAGCGAUGUCUGCUGCAACAGCCUGUGAUCCUCUCCCUCGUUCAGCAGCUCUCCGCUGACCUAGGGCAUCGUACUGAAUUGAAGCACAGGUGGCUGGAAGAGGCGAUUUUAAACCUAGACCCCGAGGACCCGGUGACCCGAGAGCACAUGGGCAACGUUCUGAUGACCCUUCAGAACCAAUUAGCCACUUUCGUCGCGGCGAAUCCGACCCAUCGGUCGGCUCGUCGAAUGAAGAUGCUCGCAAUGGCGACCGGGGCUCUGCUGAGCCAGCAUCCCUGAUCGGGCGGACGAAGAAAGCCUAUUUAGAUUUUAGACUUAAGGCUAAACGAUUCCCCGUAGUCGCCGAACGACUGGAUUUUUCAACGCGAAGCAAUAUUCGCCAGGCGACUCGUCAAGCGCUGGUAAUAUUAGAUCUUAUCGAUGACGAACGCUGACCGUUUUUGCUCCCAGUAUUAACAAAUGCUUCGUAGGUAUUCUCCUCCACGACAUAUGUGACUUAUGCAUGUACAUAUACUGAAGCAUUCGCUAAUACUUGAAAUGAAAGCGUACGUUAUUUCGCUCCUUUUUUUUUCUCAUUUUUUUAUCUUCUACGUUGAGUCCUGCCACAAGUGUGUUCGCGCACACGUACUCUACUCUGGGGUUAAAUUUUCACGUGUAAAUCGGUGUACGCCGAGUAUUGAAUCUUCCUCUUCGGGGUGUGUAUUUUUUUUUCCCCUCCCACCAGCAGAGACGGGCAUUAUUGGUUACGUCUAACACUGCGAAGCAUUUCAUCUGAUUUAGUUUCAUUUAAUUAAACCGCCACUAUUCACUCGGUAAAGUGAUCCCCCAUCGUUUUGUCAAGUGCAGUAUUCGAGAUGCAAAUUCUCAUCCGUUUAAACCCAGACCAAGCAUCUUUAUUCAUGAUCGAUGGGAUGUUAAGUGAUAAAAUGUUAUCCGUACUGCCCGGCUCUGUUCGAUCGUGGAUGUCUCUACACCGAAGGUGAAUGACUUUUAUUGUUUUAUUGGCCUCCAUGUGGAAGUUCCUAAUCCCGAAGAAUUCAGUGUUCUCGUUGACGGUUCUAGCUUUAGGCCAUUGAGGAUCGUUUCGCUGAAAAGUCAGAAUAUACAGUAGUGAGAUACUGUUGAUCGAAAGGGAAGUUAUAUACGUGGAAUACGCUUGCCCGCUCGCUCGCGCAAUCGUUAGUUCGUUUUUUAUUUAGCUUAAUGAUUUCGAGAUAUAUUUUUUCAUAACAAUAAGUAACGUUUCGAGGCAAGUCAGUCUCGACGAGAAAUGAGAGAACUCUGUUUUUUUCUUUUCUUUUCGGAGCAUGUCCGAUCAGAUGGCCAAAUGCCGGUUAAAAAGAAAAAGAUGAAAAGACCACGACGACGACGUACACGUCGGCAUGUUUUCCACCGCGAAUCCGGAAAUCGAAGUUUUUGGAAUCUCACGGAUAUUUUUAAUAAUUCCUAUUAUCGUCUUGCAGUACGACGAGCAAGUAUUUUCGUUUCCUUCCUUUGUUUUCGUUACUUCACGCAAUGCUCAACGCGAACGACAGAACUCAGCUCCGAAUCUGACAAACAAUGGGUACCCUCGAGAGCAGUCAAAGUAGAGCGAAUAUUUUAUUCUUAUCAAUUGAGACCUUGUAUUAUAAAUAAUAAAGUCGUUUCGUAUA